CCGAAGAAUCCGAAAAAGCCAGCAAUGCAUCCUCCGGUGAACACGAUGAUUCUGGCCGCCAUCAAGGCGUUGAAGGAGCGCAACGGAUCGUCUCUGCAGGCCAUCAAGAAGUAUCUGUCGGCCAACUACAAGGUUGACGUGGCCAAGCUGGGACCGUUCAUCAAGAAGGCACUGAAGACGGGUGUGACCAGUGGCAAGCUGGUGCAGACCAAGGGUGUCGGAGCAUCGGGAUCGUUCAAGCUGUCGGCCGAAGCCAAGAAGCCCGUGGUGGAGAAGAAGAAGAAGGCUACGGUGCAGAAGAAGAAAUCGGCCGCAGCUGGCGACAAGAAGAAGAAGGCAGUGCCGAAGAAGGCGGAAGGAGGAGCGGUUGCCAAGAGCCCAGCGUCGGCAGCUGUUGCAAAGAAGCCUAAGACGGCAGCGGUGGCUAAGGCUGGCGCAGCGAAGAAAGCGGCUACUAAGAAGCCAGCUGCAGCACCAAAGCAAAAGGCGACCAAGCCGUCGAAGAAGACGGGAGCAACCAAGCCGAAGAAGGCUGCUGCACCCGCCAAGAAGAAGCCUGUGGCCGCGAAGAAGGCGACUCCAGCCGCAAAGAAGUAA